AUAAAUAACAAUAUGUAUCUAUGUUUAUAUGUGUCAUUCGACGUACAGAGUGAAAUUUCGAGCCAAAUUUUAUUAAAGUUUUUGUGGAUUUAUUUAAUAAACUAAGGUGUCACCAGAGUAAAUUCCAGAUGUGAAAGUUAACCAUAGACGAGUAAAGAUGAUAACUUAAUGUAAUAUUUAUCACAUGAUGAAAUUACUAUACAUAUUACUCAUAUUUCUACAAGUUCACCUACACAUCUUACACAUUAAUUCAUUUAGUACGGUAUUAGAGAGACUACAAUUUGCUAUAAAAGAAGAUACCAGAGUUGAGACAAUAUUAUCAGAAAUAACAUUUGACAAUGUCAGUUUAAACCAGGAUGAGAACCAAUUUGUAUGUUACUUACAACACGUCGUACCCCAACCUAAUACAGAUCCUCUGAUUGGUCCAUUUGAAGUUAGAACAACCAGUCGUUUUGGUCUUACUCAAUCUUCAGUGGUGUAUGAUCCUAAAAAUGGCUUCCCGCUUAAUCCGCUGAUCCAGUCAGUUUAUCAAACCAGGGUUUGUUGUUAUGAUCCAACGCAGACGUCAGAUCCGCCUGUCUGUACUCCAUUUUUCAUAUCCGUAUCCAAAAAUACACCACCCAUUAUAAAUGGACCUACGGAAAUGACAAUUGACAGUGAAUUGAAUUCUGGGGGUACUGUUGUACAGCUCACACCCGUUGAUACGGAGAAUGACCCCGUGAGCUUGUCUAUAACAUCAGAACCGGCUGAUGCUAAAAGGUUCUUUGCUGUUGAUUCUUCAGGAUUAGUAACAACUACAGUCAAUGGUAAAUCAAUACCCUAUGCCAAGAUGACUCUAUAUAUUAAUGCUACUGAUAGUAAAGACUCAACAUCAUUUAAGCUCACUGUCAAUGUUAAUUCUGUCAAUCAUCGCCCUAACAUACUUCAACUACCGUUAAAUGUUACAAUAAAAGAGAAUGCAGUUAAAGAGACCCUUAUAACCAACUUUAACUUUGCCGAUGAAGAUGGUUUCACUGCUCCCAUAAACCCUGUAUGUACAGUUAAUCCAAGAGAAGAAAGUUUCAAGUUUGCUUUCGAUUCUAACAGGAAUGCUUACAGACUCUCUAGUAUAAGUGAUCAACCACUCGAUUUUGAAAGCAACAACUUUUAUAAUAUUAGCUGUGUAAUAUCAGAUGGGUUUUUAGAUUCUGUAGGGGAAACAAUCGGUAUUUAUGUGGAGAAUGUAAACGAAGCUCCAGUUUUUGCCAAGUCACAACACACCUGUGUUCUAUACGAAUCUCCGGCUGGCGAGUCAUUUUGCGAUGUACGCUUUACUGCCACUGACCCAGAUAAUGAUGCUGUGACGAUCAGUCUGGCUGGUGAUUUUAAUAACAGAUUCGCUUUAACAGAUAAUAACAGACGAAUAACAUUUGCUGUGGAUUACGAUCUGGAAUCUGUUGCAUUUCCUAGUUCGGUGAUAUUAAAUGUGUUAGCUACCGAUCCGUUCGGAGCAACAGGUACGACUACGCUGAACAUAGCUGUUACAGAUAUAAACGACAACGAUCCCGUAUUUACGACGGAGAUUACAACUAUACCAGUGGAAUAUGCUACGGGCAUCGGCCGUAUAGGAGCAUUUACAGCUACUGACACAGACCAAGGUAGCAAUGGUGAUCUAGAAUUUGAAUUGGUGAAUAUUUUUCCGCCAGAUGCAGCUACACAUUUUAAUUUGUUUAACAACGGUCAAUUACACUACCUUAGUCAGUUCCCUGAUACAUUAGCUGGAACAACAGCUCUUAUAGUAGCUAAAGCCACAGACAAAGGGUCUCCAAGACGCAGUGCUACAGGAACCAUAGCAUUAACAUUUGGAACAACGACAACGACAUCGACUACAACCAUGACUACCACCACCAUGACAACAACCACCACAACCACCACGACUACAGCUCCACCUACAACCACACCAUUUGACUUUUGGGCGCGACCCGAGAACGUAGCUAUGUUCGCUAUAUUGAUGACGCUUUUGGCCCUGGCUUUACUUGCUGCUCUGUUAUUCUGUUUGAGGUACUGUCUGACUGGGGCAUGUUGUGGUGGUCCACCUAUAUUCACCGUGUUUCGUAAUUUUUGUGGUCAGUGUUGCACAGGUUGUUGUGAACCAGGAGCUUGUAGUGGCUUUGUUGACAGAUGUCGAGGCUGUGAUUGUGACUGUGACUGCUGUAGACCACGAAAGGUUCGACCUCAAGUUGUACAAUCUAUAGACUACAACGAAGAUUUCUGGCGUAAAACUGAUCACUAUGAGUCUGGCAAACCGUUCUACUGAAAUAGUUGACUCGGCUAAUUCUUUAAUUGGCGAAAUCCAGAAUGGCUGUCAUCUUCAUAAACGUGGCAUUCUGUUAUAUAUAUUUGAAAAUCUUUAGUAUAAUAAAUUAUCACAUGGGGAUAUAAGCGAUAUUAAAUAUGAGGUAAAAUGUGUUUAAUAAUUAUUAUUGAAAAUAUCACCCUGGAACUGAUGUACAUAAUUUAUAAAUAUGUAUAUCACGUAUUCAAUAAGCACCACCCACUAUUAAUUAUGUUUCCUUGCACAUAUCCGGAAAAGACAAUGACAAAACUGUGUACGAUUGCCGCGAACCAGAAUCCAUUCUGUUAGUUUUCUGCAGAAUAUCAAAUCAGAAACCAGAUACAAAAUCUGUAAAUCCACCUGCUGGUGUGGAUUCUUCUAUUCAAAAUAGUCGUCAUUCUGAAGUGCACCACAAAUCAUAUCCGGAUACCGAAAAUUGACAACAUAUUAUUCUACAUUUGGUUGUUUUGGUAAUCAAAAACACCAUAUGUAACCGAAAAUGUUUAAAGUACUCCCCAUAUGUAGCAUCUAGUCUUGGUUUCCAAGAAUUACAAAAAGCAAUACUUUUAUAAUAUGGCGGCCAUCUGAAAGUCAUGUUAGUCUUUAAUACAAAAAUGGAUGGGGAAAACUGUUCUAUAGGUUUUGACCAAUCAAAUUGCUUACUUCGCUGAAACGCAAUACCGGAAAACUGUUGACAUUGUUGUCCUAUUACUUUACUUGUAUUUAGAAUAUCAUUUGUCUUCUAAAUUCUGAACUGUAAUUCACUGAAUAUUGUCACAGUAUAUUGUUUCCUGACAUUUUUACUCCGCGCAACUAAAACCCAUGUUAAGUAUUCGGUGACAAGAACUAUAAUUGUAGAAAGAUAUGUAAAUAUAAUGACCGGUAUCAUAAUUAUUAUCAAUUUUGUAAAUAAAUAUUAUUUAAAUAAA